UGGUUAGCGAGCGAGUGUUUGCUGCUGUGGCCAGCCAGGGCGGCGAGUGUCCGCGGGGGCCGCGGCUUGGGCGGGAGGCCGAGGAAGAGGGACCACGCGCCCGCUGGCCGCGAUCGCUAGCAGGGGGCGGGGUGCCAGCGGAGCAACAUGCCCAGAGGCGCCCGGCGCCCUGACGACCCUUCGCGAGGCAAGGGAGCCGGAGCCGGGCUGGUGUGGCGGAGAGCAUGAGCGAGGCCGGGGGGCGGCUCGGCUCGUAGCGCUGUUGAGGGAGCGGCGAGCGCGGCACGCUCGCGGGGCGAGGCGAAGGGCGGGGAGCCGGGUGGAAAAGCCGGGCAGGUCCGCUGGCUGGCGGGAAACCGACCGCGGGGAGCGGGAGUGAUUUCCGACGCGGACGCGGGGGCCCGGAGCCCUCGGUGGGCUCUAGCGCGCAGCCGACAUGGGCAACGCCGGGAGCAUGGAUUCGCAGCAGACCGAUUUCAGGGCGCACAACGUGCCUUUGAAGCUACCGAUGCCGGAGCCAGGUGAACUGGAGGAACGGUUCGCCGUCGUGCUGAAUGCUAUGAACCUACCUCCUGACAAAGCCAGGUUGCUGCGGCAGUAUGACAAUGAGAAAAAAUGGGAACUGAUUUGUGAUCAGGAACGAUUCCAGGUGAAGAAUCCCCCCCAUACAUACAUUCAAAAGCUCAAAGGCUAUCUGGAUCCAGCAGUGACCCGGAAGAAAUUCAGAAGGCGUGUUCAAGAAUCUACACAAGUGCUAAGAGAACUGGAAAUUUCUUUAAGAACCAACCAUAUUGGAUGGGUUAGAGAAUUUUUGAAUGAAGAAAACAAAGGCCUUGAUGUUCUAGUGGAAUAUCUGUCAUUUGCUCAGUACGCAGUAACUUUUGACUUUGAAAGUGUGGAAAGUACAAUAGAGAGUUCGGUGGACAAAUCAAAGCCCUGGAGUCGAUCCAUCGAGGACCUGCACAGAGGGAGCAACCUGCCCUCACCCGUAGGCAACAGUGUUUCCCGCUCUGGAAGGCAUUCCGUGUUGCGAUAUAAUACUUUGCCAAGCAGAAGAACACUGAAAAACUCAAGAUUAGUGAGUAAGAAAGAUGAUGUUCAUGUCUGCAUCAUGUGUUUACGAGCCAUCAUGAAUUAUCAGUAUGGUUUCAACAUGGUCAUGUCUCAUCCACACGCUGUCAAUGAGAUUGCACUAAGCCUGAACAACAAGAACCCCAGGACAAAAGCCCUUGUUUUAGAGUUGUUGGCAGCUGUUUGUCUGGUCAGAGGCGGCCAUGAAAUCAUUUUAUCAGCUUUUGAUAACUUCAAGGAGGUUUGUGGAGAAAAACAGCGCUUUGAGAAGUUGAUGGAACAUUUUAGGAAUGAAGACAAUAACAUAGAUUUUAUGGUGGCCUCUAUGCAGUUUAUUAAUAUUGUGGUUCAUUCAGUAGAAGACAUGAACUUCAGAGUUCACCUCCAAUAUGAAUUUACCAAAUUAGGCCUGGAUGAAUACCUGGAUAAGCUGAAGCACACAGAGAGUGACAAGCUGCAAGUCCAGAUUCAGGCUUACCUGGACAACGUGUUUGAUGUAGGAGCUCUGCUUGAAGAUGCAGAAACUAAGAAUGCAGCCUUGGAGAGGGUGGAAGAACUGGAAGAAAACAUCUCUCAUCUAUCCGAAAAAUUGCAAGACACGGAGAAUGAAGCCAUGUCCAAGAUUGUGGAACUGGAAAAGCAGCUCAUGCAGAGGAACAAGGAACUGGACGUGGUCCGGGAAAUCUAUAAAGAUGCUAAUACUCAAGUUCAUACAUUAAGAAAAAUGGUCAAAGAAAAAGAAGAAGCCAUUCAAAGACAGUCUACCCUGGAAAAAAAGAUACAUGAACUGGAGAAACAAGGAACCAUUAAAAUUCAGAAGAAAGGAGAUGGAGACAUCUCCAUACUUCCAGUUGUAGCUUCUGGCACAUUAUCUACAGGGUCAGAAGCAGUAGCUGGUAACUAUGUGGGAGCUUUGCCCCCUCCUGCCCCACCACUACCUCUGUCAUCAGAUACACCCGAAGCAGUGCAAAAUGGUCCAGUAACACCAUCAAUGCCGCCACCCCCACCUCCUCCCCCGCCCCCUCCCCCACCUCCUCCCCCUCCUCCCCUGCCAGGUCCUGCAGCUGAGACUGUGCCAGGCCCACCUCUCCCACCACCUCCUCCUCCCUCUGCACCCCCACUCCCUGGGACAUCUUCACCCACAGUGGUUUUCAACUCAGGAUUAGCAGCUGUGAAAAUUAAGAAGCCAAUCAAGACGAAGUUCAGAAUGCCAGUGUUUAACUGGGUCGCUUUGAAGCCCAAUCAGAUCAAUGGCACAGUCUUCAAUGAAAUUGAUGAUGAGCGGAUUUUGGAGGACCUAAAUGUGGAUGAAUUUGAGGAAAUAUUCAAGACAAAAGCCCAGGGCCCUGCCAUUGAUCUUUCUUCAAGCAAGCAGAAAACAACACAAAAAGGAUCAAACAAAGUGACGUUACUAGAAGCAAAUAGGGCCAAAAAUCUCGCCAUCACAUUAAGGAAAGCUGGGAAGACUGCAGAUGAAAUUUGCAAAGCUAUUCAUGUAUUUGACUUGAAGACACUGCCUGUAGACUUUGUAGAAUGUUUGAUGAGGUUCUUGCCCACUGAGAAUGAAGUGAAAGUUCUCCGGCUCUAUGAGCGGGAAAGAAAGCCCUUGGAGAACCUGUCAGAUGAAGACCGCUUCAUGAUGCAGUUCAGUAAAAUUGAGCGGCUCAUGCAGAAGAUGACCAUCAUGGCCUUCAUUGGGAACUUCACAGAAAGUGUUCAGAUGCUGACCCCCCAACUGCAUGCAAUUAUAGCAGCAUCUGUCUCUAUAAAGUCAUCCCAAAAGCUCAAGAAAAUUCUGGAGAUCAUCUUGGCCCUUGGAAAUUAUAUGAAUAGCAGCAAACGAGGAGCAGUUUAUGGAUUUAAACUUCAGAGUUUAGAUCUGCUCUUAGACACAAAGUCAACAGACCGAAAACAAACGCUGUUGCACUAUAUAUCAAACGUUGUAAAAGAAAAAUACCACCAAGUGUCUCUAUUUUAUAAUGAGCUUCAUUAUGUGGAAAAAGCUGCUGCAGUCUCUCUUGAGAAUGUUCUGCUGGAUGUCAAGGAGCUACAGAGGGGCAUGGACCUGACCAAAAGGGAGUACACCAUGCAUGACCACAACACGCUGCUGAAGGAGUUCAUUUUCCACAAUGAGGGGAAGCUGAAGAAGCUGCAGGACGAUGCUAAGAUUGCACAGGAUGCCUUUGAUGAUGUGGUGAAGUAUUUUGGAGAAAACCCCAAGACAACACCCCCCUCUGUCUUCUUUCCUGUGUUUGUCCGGUUUGUGAAAGCCUAUAAGCAAGCAGAAGAUGAAAACGAGCUGAGGAAAAAGCAGGAACAGGCUCUUAUGGAAAAACUGCUGGAGCAAGAAGCUCUGAUGGAGCAGCAAGACCCGAAGUCUCCUUCCCAUAAAUCAAAGCGGCAGCAACAAGAGUUAAUUGCAGAGUUGAGGAGGCGACAAGUGAAAGAUAACAGACAUGUUUAUGAGGGGAAGGACGGAGCCAUUGAAGAUAUCAUCACAGUGCUGAAGACUGUGCCCUUUACUGCUCGAACUGCCAAGCGUGGCUCUCGGUUUUUCUGCGAACCCGUUCUCACUGAGGAAUACCAUUACUAAACUAUUGCUCUUUCUCACCUGAUGCUAUUAAAAGGUUGCUACAGGUUUUUGGACUUGUUCUGUUCCCCUCCAUGUGUGUAUUAGGGCCAGCUAACAUGUUAGCCUGGAACCACCAUCUCCAUCGUAUUGCAUUUGUGUUGUCUUGCUGCAUGGUUUUGCAUCUGCCAUUACAGUGCACGCAUUGCUACUCCACUUUGAGAACAUUAUGUGCCUGCAUUCCUGCAAUUCUGGGAUGUGUGACAGUUAAUAGAAUGGCUUUCAGAAAUGAUCAGAAAUGAUUUGAGAAUCAGGAUGGGAAAGUGGAUUGCAAGUAUGUUAUGUAACUACUUUAAUAAAACUACAUUAAUAAUAACCACUGAGCUUAUUUAUUGGGCACUUACUGUGCUCUAAUAGGUUUGUACUAUUAAAACAAUCUCUUUUUUUUAACGCAGUUAGCAUGCUUUGGAAGUAAAAUUAUCCACUAAUCAAAAGGGCUCAGAAAAUGCUGUAUUUUCAGAAGGAACUAGACCUUUGUCAACUGUCUCACACAAAGUGUGCUAGACCCCAUUAUAUGGGCUUAAGACUGGAGCCCUUUUGACCUAAAAACCCAUGUAUGCUGACAAUGGCAAUUCAUGGCCUCAUGACAUGCCAUCAUGGGCAUGUCACCUCUAUUCACUGUCAUGCCCAACUUGAGCAGUUCCUUGUGGGAGCAGAGUUGUGAGGCAGGAAGUGAAAAUGAAGCGAUAACAGCUCCCGGCCAUUGACUUCAUGCCUCUCACUGGUGGCUCUGUUCCAUGUCAAAGCAAGUCUUUCCUCUGUGCUGUGGUCCUAUCUGGACCUGCUUUUUUCAGUCAGGAUGGUGGCACCAAAAACACCAAUAAGAAAUACUUACAAUCGGAAAAGGCCACUUUUCUUAGAACUCAAAAAACAAUCAAACCUGGCUUCAUUUUUGAUGCUUAAGAGGGAACAAUCUUCUCUCCGUACUUAGUUGAUUAGGAAAAGAGAAGAGAUGAUGAGUCUAAUUGGGAUUAGCCACUGAUUGAUUCCAGGCUGUGAUUGACAUGGAAUGGGAUGCUUAUUUCGUGACAUAACCAUUUCAUGGAUUCUAUCUGUUAUGUGUGCUUGUCUUUGAAGAUACCAAAAGACAUAGUGUCUUUGCCUGCUCUGUAGUGAACUUACCCACCAGUGCUUAUUAACAGGCUGGAAACUGUCACCUGCCAAGGCUGUUUGCUCUUAAAUUUUGCUGCUGGACUGUCUUUCUGGAGACCAUCUUAAAAGCAGCUUGGAACUGGGUGGUCAGAGAGCUGGGUGGGAAGACACACUUAGCUUUCCCUUGUUAUUUCUAACACUACUUAAAGUAAUGGUCUCCCCUCUCCUUCGUUGGCUAACAUGCCUGGGAAUGUUAAGCACUAAGUUGAGUUGCUUUCCAUUUUCAUCCCAUUUUUACUUAACCAUCAUUUUGUGUUUUUGUUCUUUUUUUUC